UCCUGUUACACAUUUUCCUUGAUUGCUAACAAAAGUAUUGUGUGUGUGUGUCAGUCUCUGGGAGUGUGUGUGUGCUCAGAGAACUGGGCUGGAUCCGAUUGCUCUGUCCUCCGAGACUCCAUAAGCCUGCUGUGGGAAACCCUGCUGGACACACAACUAACAGUGAACCAGGCCCACAGGUUCCUGCACAGGAUGGGUCACUCUCUGGUGUCCGGACCGCAGGGAAACCUCUGGAUGUACGGAGGACUCUCUCUGACACAGGGCAUUCUGGGUAAUGUCUACAGAUAUUCUGUGUCGGAGCGCCGCUGGACCCAAAUGCUGACCAGCUCAUUGGAGGAAGGCUCGACUCCCGGUCCUCGCUACCACCACGCCGCUGCCAUGCUGACCAAUCACGAGUCCGGCUCUGGAAACCACGCAGCCAGUCACGACUGCAUGUUGGUGGUGGGUGGAGUCACUAACAGCGGUGUUGCCAUGGACACCUGGACUCUGAAUCUCAGCAGUUUGGUCUGGAGAGAACACAAG